AUUACCACAACUUCUUCCCGCCCUCUAUACAAAAGCUUUUUAAAAUGAAACUAAAAUACUACUAGUUGGUAUGAACAGUAAGUUUGUCCUUGAUAAAAGUUACCUUAAAAAAGAACGCACAAUUAACUUGUUUUGUAUAAAAAGUGCUAGAAAACCACCAUGGAAAUACUGAGAGCAUAUAAAACAAAACUCACGGAAUUGCUUUAUGUUGAUCCUGUUCCCAUUCUUCAGCUUGCUCAAAGCAAGAAAAUCAUUACAGACAGAGAAUACAACAAGAUGAAAUGCAUUUCAGAUUCUGAAAAGCAGGUCAUUGAGCUUCUGGACAAGAUCAUGGGGAAAUCCAGUAAUGUAUGCCAAGACUUUCUGAAAAUCCUGAAAGAUGUCCAAGACACCUACCCUCAAUUGGUGGAGUUGUUUAGUGAGAUUGAAGAAAUCCCAUCGGCUCCCCCGAGUCUCAGCAUUGAAGCAAGGCCUGAAACUCUAGAUGAGGAGCACAGUGUUUAUCAAAUGAGGAGCAGGCCCAGAGGCUACUGUGUUAUAAUAAACAACAAGGAUUUUGAAAAAGCAAGACUGAACUUCAAAACUCACCAAGACCGAAAAGGAACAGACUUUGAUGCUGAGUAUCUGACAAAGGUAUUCAAGUGGUUGCAUUUUGAAGUAGUGCAGUACAAUGACCAGACAGCAGAGGAAAUCCAUUCCACCAUGGAGAGGUACCGCAAGAAGGACCACAGUAGCAGGGACUGCUUCGUCUGCUGCAUCCUCUCCCAUGGAUCAAAGGGAGCUAUAGAAGGCACAGACGGGUGUUCUGUCCCCAUUCGGGAAAUAACCUCCUAUUUUACUGGCUUAAAAUGCCCUACUCUUAUUAAAAAGCCAAAGGUUUUUUUUAUCCAAGCUUGCCAGGGGACAAAAACCCAAAAGUCUGUAAGAGUGCAGGCAGAUUGGGAAGGUAAUGAAACGGAAGCAGAAAUGGAGCCUGACGAUGCUGACCCCAACACCAUUCCUAAUGACUCAGACUUCCUCCUUGGCAUGGCUACGCUGGAUGAUUAUUUAUCUUUCAGAAACGUCUUCAAAGGCUCCUUCUACAUACAGGCCCUGUGCAAGAAUCUGGAGCUGCUCUGCCCCAGAAAUUAUGACAUUUUGAGCAUCCUGACCACAGUGAACAGAGAAGUGAGUGAAGAAAAUAUGAUGAAAGCCAAGCAGAUGCCAGAGCCAAGAUAUACCCUGACGAAAACACUCCUCUUCCGUACAUCCUGAUUGUACUUGGCUACUAUGUGCAAGUAAAUCUACAAAAGGAAGAAACAUGUAUUUGAGUCAAUCAAGACAAGAGGUUUCUUCCAUAAAACCCUAUCCACAAACCCAUGUGAUUCCCAUUCACUUUAUUCAUAACCGUGUUUUCAGAACGUGAUGAUCGUGCGUUCUGUAAAUAGUGUUUUAGGGUAUAACACUCCUUUCUCGUUGCCUUUGUUAAUUAGACACGGUUGUGUCAUUUGAUUCCCAGCAUCAUAUGGUUUCUUUAAAUCUGCCUUUUUAUAUAAUGUAGUUUAUUUUAUUCCUUUUAUACUUACUUCAGUCAUUCCUGUUGUUUCACUUUUGAGAGUAACUCUUGUUAGUAGAGUUGUUCUAUUUGUAUAAUUUUCUUUUAUUGGAAUUGUAAAAAUAAAAAUGUUAAACAUUA